ACCGGAAACUUCUCAUUAGAGUUUGACUGCAGUUCAUGUGCCUUAUGGGAAUACUGACGGGAGAAUCUUUUGAGACUAAUGGACAUUGUGCGAAAUGAUGGCAGCGGUUCAUAAACUGAGACGACAAUUCAGCAGCAUUUCAUACAGAACUUUUGAAGUCAGCCAAAUCAGUGCUGAAUGUUGAUCCAUGGAGAGCUAGUGGGUGCAUAAAAGCGCACUUUCUAAUGCAAAGUAGUUUUGCUGGAUGUACUUUUUUACCAUAGUUUUUUAAAUUUUUAUUUUAUUUUUAUCUGGUUUUACUUUUUAAGUUAUGGCUCUAUAUUAUUUUUACUUGAGUACUCUAUUGGCUAUGAACUUUCCUGGAGAUAUUUCUGGAGCAGGAUCUUAUGCUCCAUACACUCAUGUGGAUCACAAUCAGUCUGUACCAGCUGCAGAGAGUGGAUCUAAGGUGACCAGUAGACAUAGGAACUGGUGUGCAUACGUAGUGACACGGACUGUAAGCUGUGUAAUGGAAGAUGGGGUCGAGACCUAUGUGAAACCUGAAUACCAGCGCUGUGCUUGGGGCCAGUGUUCUCAUGUGGUUUUGUAUCGGACUUACAGAAAACCAAGGUACAAGGUUGCCUAUAAAAUGGUGACAGAGUUGGAAUGGAAGUGUUGUCAUGGCUAUUCAAGUGAAGAUUGCAGUGAUGGCCCUGGUGGUUCCUCUGUCACACAGGUCAACACAAGCAGACCUACUUCUACAUCUGGGUCCAACACAGGACGUGGCCAGAGUGGUGAAGCAGCGAGAGGUGACAAUGACAUAAUUAGACAACUUGAGGAACAGAUUCAGAGCUUGAAUAAAGACCUUCACAACCUCCAGUCCACCCUCCACAAUAUGAAUAAGAAUAUACACAAGGAGUCUCAAAGGGAAGUCAUUAGUAGUGGAAACAAUCUGGCUGAUGCUGCCAAGCCAGGAAUAACGGAGACCAUCCACAGCAUCCAAACAAAACUGGACAUGCUGGACAACAUGACACAGGUCCAUGACAAGACCCUCAUAAGCAUCAACAAUCACCUUGUGGGUGGCAAUGGAAUUGGAAAUGAAUUAGACGUUCGCUAUGGCACAUUAAAAGAGGAAAUUCUCAGGGAACUGGAACGGAGGGUGACGCUGUCGUGCUCAGCCUGUCAUAAUGGAGUGGAGGGCAUACAGGAACAACAGCAAGAAGACAGAGAGAGGAUCCGAGCUCUGGAGAAGCACAUCAAUGUGAUGGAACAGCACCAUCUUCAAACGGUAGAGAUGCUUGAGAGGGAACUAUCUCACUCUCAGAGUUGCUGUGAUUCAUUAACUGAUCUGGACAGGAGGGUUGGUGCCAUGGAGAGAAAGGCUAGUUCCACUGCAGAGGCGUAUGAUAUUCUUAGAGGACGUCUUGAGAAAGAGUUGAGAGGAACAGGUGGAAAUGGAGGCCGGGGAACAGCAUUUGAUGAAAAGCUGAAUGGUCGUCUUAGAGACUUAGAGAGAAGAUUGAAUGGGACUGUGAGAAAAACAGAGCAAAAAUGCUCCCAUACUGAGACAAGUAUGAAGGAGUUUGUUCAGCGAGAAAUCAAUCAGAUCAAGAACUCUAUCCUCAGUCGAAAUGAUGAUCACGGUUAUAGAAUAUCUACCAUGGAGACAGAUGUCCAAGAUUUGAGAGAUUCUGUCAAUGAUCACAAAAAUAAUCUGGAACAGUUGGGGAACAAAACAUCCAAUCUCGACAGCAGGCUUAAGUCGAUGAUUAAUUUGUGCACAGAGACAUGCAGUCCAAAAGGGAGUGAGACAGCAGAUACUGUGAAAAGCCUGGAAUGGAAAGUCAUUGCCAAUGAGGAGGACAUUAAGAAGUUUGACACCAAGCUAAAGGACUUAAGUGUGUCUGGUGACUCCUUAAUGAACCGUAUUAUAGAUCUAAGCCAUGAUGUUGACAAAAUCAAGGAUUUGACAGGAGACAAUGGAGAGCACUUCAACAAAAUUGUCAUAGAUGUGGAGAAUCUGGGACAUGAUUGUGAUGUAUGCAGUUCAAUAGAUGGUGAACUUCGUAUGAUAAGAAACAUAACCAGCAAUGCUUUUAACACAUUCCAGGGAGAAAUUACAGACUUGCGCAAAAAAGUAGACGCUGAUGAAUAUGAUUGCUCGCAAGUAUGCUCAAAUCUGCAGGAGGAAGUGGGUAAACUCAAAGAAGAGGUUGAGAAAUGCACAGGGCAAUGCGAGAUUAGCAUGGUCGACCAUCAGAAAAAAAUAGAUAAUCAAAAUACUGUAACACGCAAACUUGGAAAAGACCUCAAGUCCAUUCAGGGUGAGUUUACAGGGGUAAUCCAAACAUUCAGCUCCAUCAAUGACACUCUGAAUAGUCUCAGUAACACCAUAAAGAGGCACAACAACACUAUUUCCAUUCUCGAUACGUAUAAGGACAAACUCAACUCUGAGUUAGAUCAGAUCCAGGAGGAUUUGAACAAGCAUAUAGACAACAGUAAAGGGCGCUUUGAUGGUAUUGGGCAUGAUAUCAGUAGCUUUAACAGCAACAUGAUGAUUGAAAUGGGUGAAUGCAAGCAUUCUCGAGAUGGGUUGGAGAAGAGGCUCUUGAAGAUGGAGCGUGUCUGCAGCAGAUUGGAUUCUUUAUCAGAGAACCUUCAGAGGAUCAAAGAGGGCUUGAACAAGCAUGUCACUGGGCUUUGGACAUGUGUCAAUGGGCUAAACUCCACAGUGAUCUCUCAUGGUGAGGCCAUCAACAGCAUUCAGAACAUUCACAUAGAGAACAUUCAUGGCAUGAACAACCUCAACUCUUCCAUACUGCAUGUUCUCAAGGAGUUUCAGACCUUCACUGACCAGGACUUUACUGGACCUCCUGGACUACCUGGUCCAAAAGGAGAGAAAGGAUCCAAAGGGCCACCAGGGCCAAGGGGACCUCCAGGCCGAGAAGGACCACAAGGGAAAGUAGGGCCAAUCGGACCCCCAGGCCUCAGAGGUGAACAAGGACCUCCUGGAGAGGAUGCCAACGUUCCAAGACUAUCUUUCUCAGCAGCACUCACACGACCACAGGCCAAUGCAGGCACUAUUUUCUUCAACAAGGUCUUUGUCAAUGAAGGAAAUGUGUACAACCCCGAUACAGGAAUGUUCACUGCACCAGUGAAUGGGCGAUACUUUUUCAGUGCCGUCUUGACGGGUCACAAGAAUGUAAAGAUUGAGGCAGUCCUGUCUAAAUCCAAUUAUGGUAUUGCUCGUGGAGAUUCAGCUGGCUAUCAGCCCGAGGGUCUAGAGAAACCCAUGGCUGAAGCAAGACAUACUCCAGGUUCCUUGGUCCUCUUCAACAUCAUACUCCCGCUGCAGGAGGGAGAUACUGUCUGCAUUGACCUAGUAACAGGUAAACUUGCCCACUCUGUUGAGCCCCUUACAAUCUUCAGUGGCAUGUUGCUCUAUGAGGACACAGAAAUAUUAUAAGAACCAUCAAAGGAGAUGUCAGAUCAAAAUUUGUAUCUGGACAACUGGUGAAAAUCCUCUUCAGAGACGUUUUUAAGAGCAGUUUGACAUAUUUUGGACUGAGAUAUUUUGGACUAUGGACUGAGAUUUUUUUAUAUGGUUACAUUUUGUACGUAUAUUCUUGUAUUGAAGGACAGAUACUAUUCAUUAAUAUGAAGGGCACAAAUGCAAUUUAUUUGUUGUUAAUGGUACUACACCGAUUAGGGCACCAUUAUCCCCUUCUCACCUUGAGACAUUUAUCAACCAACCACUAGUUUGGUCACUGCAAUACACCUUAAAAAAUAAAGUGCAAACCAUAAUACAUACUUCAGAAGAAUCUGUGUUUGAUACUGUAGUGUGGUUUCAUUUUAUAUUUAGGAGAGUUUACAUUCUUAAAGGCUCCAUUCAGUUUUUUUUUUUCUCCUUGACAUGAAUGCCAUAAAUACCACACAUGAUCUUUUCUAUUAUUCCCCCAUUUCCUCUAAGUGUUAUUCUUUCAUAUUUGUCAUUUGUAAAAUUUGUUAGUUGUAAAAUAAUUUUAGAUGUGCCAGAGGCUAUAGAUCAGGAAGCCUCUCUAACCCAUGCUUUGGUGACUAUUCCAAAGAAAACCAUCAAAGUUGUUUAUGCUAGAUGCAAAAUGAUUCCACCCUGGCUAUAUUUUUGUCUAUGGGUUUUUAUUUUCACUUCUCUUAUUGCAGACUUUAACAGCUCAAAACCUGUAUCUAUGCCAGGAAUGCAUUUGUGUGACCUGAGCUGUCUUGUUGAUCUAUGCUUAUUGCCUGGUGUUUUUUUGUUUUUUUUUAAUACAGAGGGAUUUAAAAGGACUUUGUGUUGAUUGAACAGUGUAGUACUGUGGAACAAAACACUGACCAUUCAGUCAUUCAGUCAAUUUUAUCCUUCAAAAGAGAGGAAUUACUUAAAAGAUAUUGAUAAACAUUACUUCAGAACGUUUUAUUUUGCAGUAAGCCAGCUGAUUUUCUUGAUUUGGAACUGGGACCAGGUUACAUCAGCUGGCCAUUCAUAACCUGAAUUACACGUUCUCAUCUGAUGGUUUCAUGUCCUCCUUACCUCUCACCACAGGCAUUACAAUGCAGUAUAAUAAUACAGCAAAUGAAGUAUUUGACUAUAUUACGCUAUCCAAAAAGUCCUCAGAACUGUAUCAGCCCAUUCUUUUUUUAAUGAUCACUAACUUACUCAAAGUACUCAGAGCACUGAAAAUACAGUAUAAUUGCAAUGGUGGUUUUAAAUAAAAAUAUUUAAUUUUACACAA